AUGUCUGAGCAAGACGUUCAUCCAAAUGAUUUCAGUGCACAGCGAAGUAUGUAUAAAUACUACAUCGAUUCAUAUAAUGCAUUAUAUCAGCUGAAGACGGAAAAUGAAGAAGAAUUAAACAAGAUUUAUAAUAUGAUCAAAACAGAGUUAAUUGAUUCAAAGAAAUAUCAUCCCCAAAAUAUAGUCAAAGAUAUUUUAAACAUUAUUCCGUUUAAUAACCGCUAUACAAAGUCAUAUCUGACUCUUGCCAAAUUCAUAACUGAUGACUACAAUGUAAAAGAAGUCACUGAUAUUUCAGUUAUUUCUGACUUCAUAUUUUAUAAAGAAUAUGGAAUUAAAUUAGGCGAAAUAAUUUUCGUAAAUAUUAACUCAGAAAAUAUCAAUAUUCAUACAGAAAAUACAAUUUAUAGAGCAAUCAUGUAUAAUGACUUAGAGACAUUCAUCUCAUUCACUGAAAGUAAUGGAUUUGAUAAAGAUCAAAAACUUAAAAGCAUGUUAUAUCCCUUAGCUUAUAAUGAAUAUUCAUUACUUGAAUUAUGUUGUUACCACGGAGCAAUUGGUUGUUUCAAGUUAUUAAUAACGAAAUUUAAAUCAGAAAUAACAAAAACAUGUCUUCAAUUAUCAUUUUUAGGCAGAAAUCAAGAGAUUAUGAGUGAAUGUUUGAAAUAUCAAAAACCAGAUUCUUUUUGUAUGGACUAUGCAAUUAUUUCACACAACAUUGAUUUUGUUACUUUCCUAAUGAAUGAGUACAAUAUAGAGAUCAAUUUAGAUUAUUGUACAAAAAAUAAUAAUCUAGAAUCAUUUUUAGUUUAUUUCGAUCAAACUAAUAAUUUUAACUUAUGCUUUGAUUAUUCAAAACAUUUUGAAAUUCCAUCUCUUUGUCAAUAUUUCCUUUCACUUGGUGCAAAUGUUAAUAUAAAAAAUUAUUAUGGAGAAACCGCUCUUCAUUAUGCAGCACUUAAUAAUAGUAAAGAAAUAGUAGAAGUUCUUCUUUCGUAUGGUGCAAAUAUCAAUGAAAAAGAUGAAUCUGGAGAAACCGCUCUUCAUAAAGCAGCACUUCAUAAUAGUAAAGAAGAAGCAGAAGUUCUUCUUUUGCAUGGUGCAAAUAUCAAUGAAAAAGAUGAAUCUGGAGAAACCGCUCUUCAUAUUGCAGCAUUUAAAAAUAAUAAAGAAAUAGUAGAAGUUCUACUUACGCAUGGUGCAAAUAUCAAUGAAAAAAAUAAAAAUGGAAAAGCUGCUCUUCAUAAUGCAGCACUUCAUAAUAGUAAAGAAACAGUAGAAGUUCUUCUUUCGUAUGGUGCAAAUAUCAGUGGAAAAGAUGAAGAUGGAGAAACAGCUCUUCAUGUUGCAGCACUUCAUAAUAGUAAAGAAAUAGUAGAAGUUCUUCUUUCGUAUGGUGCAAAUAUCAAUGAAAAAGAUGAAUCUGGAGAAACCGCUCUUCAUAAAGCAGCACUUCAUAAUAGUAAAGAAGAAGCAGAAGUUCUUCUUUUGCAUGGUGCAAAUAUCAAUGAAAAAGAUGAAUUUGGAAAAACAGCUCUUCAUAAUGCAGAAUGUCAAAAUAAUAAAGGAAUAGUCAAACUUCUUCUUUCUCAUGGUGCCAAAAUUUAA